UCUGCAUCUAUCUUUUUGGCAAAAGCGGUACUUGCCAACCAACCAACCAACCAGCCAACCAACCAGCCAUCCAUCUAACCAUCAACCAUCAACCGCAGCACCAGCAGCAGCCUACUACAGUUUUUGCUCUUCGUAACUUACUUUUUCCCCAUGUUAUUAGAUGGGCCAAUUUGAGUAUUUGUUGUUCAAAAGACAGACAAGAAGCAGAGGAGGAUGGCGAGCGAGGCAGGGAUUGCUAGCUGGGAUCGUUCCCCGUUAGGUCCCGCUGUCGCCGGCGACAACGACGCGAGCAUUUGUAACCCGUCGCUAUUGUCUCCAAGUUUUUCCAUGGAACAGAUUAUUACUAAGCUGAAGUAUGACAGAGACGACGAAGACCCCCUUUGUGAUUAUAUCCCCAUAGCACGACGAAAACUCGAAGAUUCAAUCUUAAAAGACAGCUGCAGUUUCCCGUCAAAGAUGGACGAGUCAAAUUCUUUGACUAAGGCGAAAAUCCGUGAAAUUAUCACCAAAAACCUCGGUGGUGAUAGUUCAAGCCAUACUUACAUGGCAACAAAUUCUCAGACACCGUCACAUAAUUUGGAUGUGAUGCAAGAAGAGAACCGUCUCCUUGCCGUGGAGCUCAACCGAGUCGAAGACCUACUGUCUGCAAGUCGUGCCGAAAGAGAUGAGUUGGGAAUCAAAUAUUCUGCACUAAGUGACCGGCUGGAGCAAUUGAUGAAAGGAGAAGCGUCCGAGGCUGUCGAACCAGCCCGUCGACUCAUGCAGCAGAACAUAGAGAUGCGGCAGAAGCUGGAAGAUGAACAUGCCAACUAUAAGCGCAAGCUUCAAGCUUACCAGGAGGGCCAGCAAAGGCAGGCGCAACUUGUUCAGAAGUUACAGGCAAAGGUGAAACAAUACAAGCAAAAAUGUGAAGACCUUGAACAUAGCCAUCGCCAGAGUCUCAAGAAUGUGGAAUUGUUGUCUGACACCUACAUUAAACCCCUGGAUAAUGCUAACUUGACUCAAGCUGGGGAGUUGAAUCUAGCCACUCUUGACCUUCAAACUGCCCUCAUUCGGCUUGAGGAAGAGCAACAGAGGAGUUCAGGUCUUGCCCACGUCAAUGCAAUGUUACGAGAACAAUUGGACCAAGCAACAUCUGCAAACCAAAGCCUCACCAACGACAUUCAGAAGUUGACCACUGAUUGGCAAAUGGCUCGAGAAGAUCUUGAUCUCAAAGAACAAGAGUGGAGAGAAGAAGAACAGUCUUUCAAUCAAUUCUACAAUGAAGAACACAACCGUUUGCACAACCUGUGGAAGUCUGUGAUAACAUUUCGUCGUGAAUUCAACGAUUUGAAAUCGGCAACCGAGAGAGACCUACACAACGUCCGCUCCGAUAUCAACCGCACUGCCCGAGGAAUGUACUCUGCUGCUCUCAAUUACAGUUCAAAUGCAAGACAUGUCGACACACAAACGCUGGUUGCUUUAGACAAAGAAAAGACCGAAAGAACAACUCUUGAAAACCAGUUAAAGGAGAAGAUUCGUGAUAAUGUCCAGUUACAGGCUCGUUACGAUACACUCACCACAGAAUUAAAUACAAAAAUCAAUGACCUUACUCUUCUGAAUGAUAAACUGCUUCAGCAAGUGGAAGAGAAGGACCGACUCCUUAAGGUCGGUCAGCUAAAACUUGAACAAGUGGAGCAACAGCAGAACAAUCACGAGCAAGAAAUUGUCCACCAGUCUCGAAUGGAAACCGAUGCACUCCACCUGGCCUUGAGGGAUAUCGCUCAGGCUGUUAUUAACGACGCCGACCUCUCUUGCACUGCAGACGCUACAUCGGCUGACCAACCCGACACAAUCGAACCAGUGUUGACUUCAACCUCAUUCCGCCCUCGGUCUACCUCACCCGGCCACUCAAUGUCACCCAAGAAACGGAACCGCUCCAUGUCGCCGUUGACCCGAUCUCGAUCUCCAGCAUUUGCCGACGCAACUUUCUCGGCUGUCCAAGCGGCACUCAACAAACGACAAAUGCAAGUCCAGGAAUUAAAAGCCAAAUUGGGUUCAAGUCGGGACCACAUUGUCUCAUUGCGAAUGUCUCUAGAAUCUGCAGACACUGACCGGCGUAAAUCAGAACAGGCAAUUACAUCAUUGAAAACGAUAUCGAAGAUGCGUCGAGAUUAUGUUGAUUCCAACCGUGACAGAGAUCGAAUCAAAAACGUCCUUAAUUUAACGGGUAACGAACGCUCUCAAUUAGAAAAGAUCCGUGAAUCCUUAAACGAACAAAUCGAAGGAUUCCGUGUGGAGAACGAUAAGCUUCAGGCAGCAAAUGCCGAAAUCCAGCGCCAGCGAGAUAAUCUCGAAGACGAGAAAGAUGAUAUCCUACAAGAUAAAGAAAGGCAGAUUAAAGAAAACGAAAGAUGCCACAAAGUCAUAGAACAACUUGAGAAUAAGAUUUCAUCACUGAAAGAAGAGAUUGUUUUUAACAAAGAGCAGCUGAACAAAACACUUCUUGAGAAAGAAGUACAGGAACACAAGUCGUUUGAGUUGGCUGACAUUCUGGGCAAAUCUGAGCUGAAAAAGUCAGAAACCGAGGUGGAAGUGAACAAACUGAAAGCUGAAAAUGCUGGCUUGCAGGAUAAUUUACUGAAACUUCAGUCCUUGAAUGAAAGUCUCGGCCAGGACAAAAUAGAACUGAACAAGAUUAUUAUGCAGCUUGAAAACGAAAAGGUUUCUCUAAGCGGUGAAAAGCAGUCCCUGGAGCAAGAGAAAUUUGGCAUUAAAGAGGAGCUGGUGAGGGUGGAACAGGAGAAAAUGGACUUGGAUACAGAGAAAAUGUCUCUCAACCAGACACUGAAUCUGAGUGAAAUGACACACAGACAGCUCGAAGAAGAGAUUCACGCCGUCAACUUAGAGAAAGCUGAAGUUAUUGAACAAUUGAAUACGCUGUCUCGUCAGAAACAGGCCCUGGCUGAAGAGUUGCUGGCAUUGCGCAAAGAACUGGAACGUCACAAAACAAUAAUCUCGAAGAUCAACAAGGACAAGGAACAGCUGACUCAACAGAAUGCAGAACUGGUUGUUCAAGUCACAGCAACGGAGAGGGAAAACCGACAGCAAAGCGAAGUCAUCGCUGCUAUUAGAACCGACAAAGACAGCUUAGAGAACACUUUGUAUGAGGUCCAACAGGAAAAUACUCAGCUCCGAGCAAGGAAAGAACAGCUCGAAGGAGAAAAUCAAGAUAUGAUUAUUCGGAAAGAAAAUCUUCAAGCUGAAAUCCAAAGGAUCUUGAAAGACAAGGAAAUAGACACUGAACGUCUCGAAAGACAGAAAGAAUUGCUUAAUACUCGUCUCCAGCAGCUCGAAAAAGAUCUUCAAGUGGCCUUAAAACAGGAACAGCAAUCUCAUGAAGAAGAUGUCGAGCGACUUAACAGAGAAAAGGAAAGCCAAUGCUUGGACUUCAAAUCUCAACGUGAGCAGAUGUUACACCAACAUAAUUUGGAGAGAGAAGAACUUGGCAACCAAUUAGGUUUGGAGAAAGCACAACUUGAGGAAGCAUUAGCUGCCAUUCAACGAGAACGGGACGAAUCUUUGUUAUUGGCAGAAAAUGAAAAGCAACAGGUGAUCUCAUUAUUGGACCAAGAGAAAACUUCCCUCCUGGACAGAAACAACAUGAUUCAACAGGAAUUGACCAGUUUACAAGUGGAAUACAACAAACUGAAGAGAGAGGCUUUGUUGAAGCAAGAACAAGACCGUGAUGUUGCCAACAGUUUGCAGUCAGAACUGAAGAACUUCCAAGACCAGUUUGAAGAAUCAACGAAUGCAAACGAGAAGGAGAUUAAAGAUCUGACAAACAGAACAAAAGAGCUGCAGCGUUACCGUGAAGUGGCUCUGAAAGAAGUUGCCGAACUGAAGAUCCAAUUGAAACUGGUGGAAGAGGCCAGGGACAGUGUACGGCGGGACCUGAUUGAAGCCAACCGUAAAAUAAGACAAGUUGAAGAACAAAAGGAAUUGAUGAGGAAAGAUGCGAUGGAACUGAAGAGGAAUAUCUAUGAUGAAACCAGAGAGAAGGAAGCUUUGGAACGGGCAUCAGAUGAACUCCGUAAUUCCGUCAAGAAGUGUGAGGGAGAGAAAAUGGAACUGAGUCGGCACUUGCAAGAAUAUCAGCAAAAGAAUGGAGUGAUUGAAGAACAGAAAAUGGUCAUCCAGAAGGAAGCUGGAGAACUGCGCAAUAACCUGCGUGAAGUCGAAAAAGCUCGUUUGGAUGCACGUCGAGAAUUGCAAGAGUUGCGUCGCCAGGUGAAGUUACUUGACGGUGAACGCAGCAAACUGGGUAAAGAAGUGAACGAACUUCAGGCCAGGGUCUCCCGUGAUGAGGAGCGGGAAGAGGAAACAAGGAAAGCUUCCUUUGAUCUGAAACAGAAGGUUGUGGAAACUGAAGCCAGUCGGGAGGCUCUCCGUAAAGAAUUGGCCAACGUCCAGAGAAAGAUGGCGGAAAUUCAGGACGAAUAUCGUCUGAAGGAGAAGAAUUUCAUUAUAACACUCGAAGACAGCAGCCACACUGAGAAGAAACUGGAAGACCAGAAGAAGAAUCUCGAAGUGGUGCUUGACAACACCAAUAGUGAAUUAUCAGAACUUCGUCUCAAGCUGAGUGGUGCCGAGGGCAGAGUAAACGCUCUCGAAACCCAACUGUCACGUCUUGAAGGGGCCAAGAGAGAUGUGGAAUACAAAAUGAGCAGCAUUGUAUCUUCUCUGCGCCGAACUAUUGGCUUUAAGCAAGAUACAAACAAUCCUAUUAACAUGUUUCGUUCUCGUAGUCCGAGCCCUCGUCGCAAUCGCCCUAUUUCACCAACCAAAGGUUUUGAUAAUACUUUUGCUACUACUACUGCUGAAAGCCGUGGCACACCUAUUCCUCGGACUGGAUCUCCUGAUCGCUCUCAAAGUCCUGCUGCCAGGCCAUUUUCUAGAAAUAUGUCUCCAAACCGAAUGGAUUCCAAUUCCCUCGUACAAGCUGCCAAUGUUGAUCCCGAGCAGGUCCGUCGAGCACUCAGGGAUUUCAUUCAACAACUUACCAAAGCAGAGAAAGAUAGAGAUGAUGCUUUGGCCCAUGUUCGAAGUCUUGAGACACAGAUGGAAGACAGCGAAGAGUCACGGAACCAGAUAGAAUCACGUCUCAGACAACUUCAGAAGUCAUUAAUGGAAGUGGAAGAAGAUAAACGAGGCAUCGACGGCCGUCUUGCGAGCGCCCAGACUGCCCUGAUGCUGCAAGAAGAGACCAUCCGACGGAAUGAACGGGAGAGGAAGCUACUGUCGGAGAAAGUCUCAACUUUGGAACGGAACCUUUCGAACCUCGAGUCAGAGAAGAGACAACUGCAAGAAAAGGUAUCAAAGAUGAAGAUGAAUGAUAUACGUGUGGACGAAGAAAAGAAACAACUUCGUGUCACCCUCGAAGAAACUGAGAACCGGGUGACCAAAGUGGAAUUGGCACGGCGAGCUUUGGAAGGAGAAUUACAACGUUUCAAGAUGACCAUGACAGACAAGGAAACAGAAAACCAGGUUCAGCAAGAUAGGAUUGAAACCCUCACCAAGCAGGUGCAAGACCUUGAAAGUAAAGUGCAGUCAAGCCAAUUAACAACUGAAAGACUAAACCUGAAUUUGGCCAAGACUGAAGCUACUGGCAAUCAACACAAGGACAAGGUCCAAGCAUUGAAUAUGUCACUAUCGGACAGUGCGUCUACAAUCAACAACAUGAAUGAAAGAAUCAACCAGAUGCAACGGGCCCUCACCAGUAGCGAACAUGACCGUCGUGUACUCCAAGAAAGACUGGACGCUUCCAAGCAAUCCUUGAAUGAGAUAAAGAAACAGAGCCAGAACCUGAUGGACCGUAUACAAUCGAUGCAGAACGAUAACACUGAGAUGGAACUGCGUAAUUCUGAGUUAGAAGGACAACUCAGACAAAACCAUCAGAUGCUGAUUAAACGGCAAGAACAGGAACAGGAACUGAACCAACGCUUGCAGAAAAUCCAGUCAGAGAAGAUCUCUUUGCAAGAACAACUUACCAAUUAUCAGCAGGAGUUUUCUCAUAUUGAAACAGAGAAGAAAGAAUGGGAAAGAUCUCAGAUCCGUCUGGAGAAGGACAAGAAUGCCUUGAGAAAGACGCUCGAUAAGGUGGAGAGAGAGAAGCUGAAGACAGAGGAGGUGGCUAGCAAGAGUUUCCUCGAACGCAACCAUCUUGACCGCAGUCUUAUCAAAUUGGAAGAGGAUAACAAUGAUCUGAAACAGCAGAUACAUCAACUGCAGGCCCAGCUGGCAGAGACAGAGCAAAACCACGCACAACGUUUAAUUGACAUGACCACUCGGCACCGGGCUGAAACAGAAAUGGAAACAGAAAGACUACAAACAGCCAAGUUACAGGCUGAACGUACCUUAGAGGUCAGAGAACAUUCUCAUAGACAACGUGUGAAGGGCUUAGAAGAACAGGUAUCAACUCUUAAGGACCAGCUGAAACAAGAGAUUCAGAAACGACAGAGCUACAUCUCUCGCAGUGUUCGUACUGGAGAUGAGAUCAAGGAUAUCCGCUUCCUCUUAGAUAACUCCCUAUCCAAUGUCACCCGUGACAGCAGUCUAAACCCACUUUUGCUAGAACACGAGACUAAAAAACUCGAUCUAAUGCACAAGGGCGUCUCACCUCCCGUCAAACUAUCUCCAGUGCGCAGUCACUCCCCGUUGCGCACUGGUGGCGCCGGCCACUUGCACAGAAAUGUCACCAACUCAUCCUUUCGCCAUAAAGUAAAAAAGUAGACUUCCUUCUGCUUUUCUUUCUCCCCCUUUUUAACAUCAAGUGAUCCGUGGCCUUAUUAGGAAACAUGUCUGUUUUCUAUAAAUUUGUAUUUUUUUUUUUCAAAUCAUUUAAAAAUCUAUUUCUCAUCUCUCUCUCUCACACACACACACUCUUUCUCUCUCUUUCUUUCUUUCUCUCACACACACAAGCACAUAUACUUUGUUAGGUAACUCUCUUUCAUUCCCACUUUUCUUUGUAAGAAUAUUGUGUAUGGUUGCAAUGUAUGUUUUGUGUAUAUGUGAUUAAAUAUUUCAUGAUGACAAUAAUGAUAAUAAUAUCAAUAAUGUAAAAAUAGAAAAAAAAAAGAAAAUAUCACUGUUACAAAUGAAUUAUGUUAUUCAUUGCAUGACAAAAACAAAAGAAAAAAAAGCCCCCCCGAACAAAACAUAUCACUUGUUAGGUUUAGCUUUUAAAAUGAAUGUUUCA